AUGCUUGGGUUGUCAGAGACGCUCAGUCCUCCUCCUCUUCAUUACUCUCCUUCCGUUGGGGAACACGAUCGCACAUCCUCUCGGGACUCGACCCCUGUUACCACUCCACUCGGGUUUGGCGUACCGUCGCGCAGGGAAAAGGUCUCUGAUUGUUCGUGGCCUCGAAACUCAUUUGGUCUCCUCGACGACCAGUCAUCGUAUUUCGACCCGACGAAGUUAUACUCGCAACCUCAAGAAGACUACGACUUCCCUCUUUCCCCUUCGCCCCCUUUGACCUCGGGCACGAUGAACAAUACAGCAGCUCCAAUUGACAUCGCCACUCGCCAGACCUCGGUCUCUCCCCCUGGGCAACAGGCGUCGAAUUUGACCUCUGCUCUCCAGAGAGCUGGAAAUGGCGAGCGGACCGGUAGCAUAUCUCACGCGGGCGGCGUUGGAAUCAAUAUAUUCAAAGCCCCACCACCUCGUAAAGACUCCAUCGGCGCAGCGACCGCACAAUGGGGUAAUGGCUCGAAACCUAUUUCUAUGUCUGGUUCCAACCGCGAUAAACAGCGCCGUGAGUCAUUGGCCGGGAGCCUGGUUGGCGGUAUGAGCUGGGGGGGUGUUUCUGUUGGCAGUUGGAUACGCGAUGAUAUUUUAAUGACUGGCACAUCCCCAUUUACUUUCCAGUCACCUUCAUUUCAUUCGUCAUCUUAUCUCCCAAAGCUGGAAGCCAACUUCAUGCGAGACUUUUCUUGCUGUGGUGUGACAUUACCUACUCUUCACGAUCUCCUACAGCACUAUGAAGAAGCCCACGCCACUAAAUCGCCACACCAGGGGCAUCGCCCAAGUCAAGCUGACGGCCGGGCUGCUUUAGCUGCUGCUGCCAUGGCGCACCAACAGAAUCAGCAGAACAACAAUCAGAACCGUGGAUUACAGCCCGAGAGCACUCAGCGGAAACUAAAUCAGAGCCAGCCGCCUCAGCAGCACUCCGAUCUCGAUGCAAUCGAUGAUAUGGAGUUGGACGAGCCGAUGGGUGAUCAUGAUGCAUCGUCGCAGCUGUUUUCGCCUCAGCCACAAAAUGGCAACCAGGGAGGAUUUGGCCAUUCCAAUCAAAGGGUGCCUCAUUUGAAUCUGUCGAUGCUGCCAGGACAUCAAGGUUUCAAGGGAUCUCAACCCGGCACCCCUGUGGCUUCUGGUCGCCCCCUGUCGUUGCAGAAUAACCCCACUGUUUCCUCGGUGAAUACGCCGACUUUGAUGUCGAAUCCACUUCAGAACUCUCAGUUCCGGUCAACGCCCGAUUCGUCCACACCGGGAACCCCGGCCGAACUUGACGAGAGCGUGCUUGGCGGCUUCGGUGACAUGGGGAUGCAGACUAACAACAUGAUGCAAGGCCAGGAGCAAUUCGCUCGCUUUGCUGCCAACAACGAUAUGGUGGAUCUCUGUAUUGACGAGCCGGCGAAACGUUUAUUCAGCCCGACCGGGGGAAUCAAUACACCCAAUGCUCAUUUCAAGCUUAGUGGGGCACAGUACGGCCCAAAUAGUGAAAUUGCCCGCAGAAUCAGAGAACAGCAACUACUGGCCGGUGUUCCCGAUACCACCGCAUUGCUUCCAAAUGAAGAACCAAAGCCUUUCCGUUGCCCUGUUAUUGGCUGCGAGAAGGCGUACAAAAACCAGAAUGGUUUGAAAUAUCACAAAGCUCACGGCCAUAACAACCAACAAUUACAUGAUAAUGCAGACGGUACCUUUUCCAUCGUUAACCCAGAAACCUCGACGCCGUAUCCUGGAACACUCGGCAUGGAGAAAGAAAAACCAUACCGUUGCGAGGUGUGUGGCAAACGUUACAAGAACUUGAAUGGUCUCAAGUAUCACAAAUCGCAUUCUCCGCCGUGCAACCCUGACUUCCAACUUGCCGCUGGCCGCAACCUGGCUUUCGGCGGAGGAGUCAUGCAGGGACAAAAUAUUAAUGUUGCCGGGGCUGGUCUACCUGGUAUUGGUGAAGAGGGUCUUCUAUAGAAGGUCUCGUGGUUUUACAAAGCUUGAAAGAUAUUGCUUUGCCCUUAUCUUCAAUUCCACAUAAUUCAAUUCGACGAUUUGACAGCUUCGUCGCGUGACAUACGACUUUAUGACCGGUUCGGUGGUUUGGAGUUACGUUUGGUAUGAACGCCCUGUCGAUCGCGGUUCUUUGGGGCCGCCGCGAUUGAUCUGAUAAUGAACAGUCAGUCCUUUUGGUGCCCUCGAAAGACUUCCGUUGAGGUACACUUACGAGUUCCCGGAACGCUUGUCGGUAUAUGAUUUUCGGCUUCUGUUGUUUUCGUGACUUUUUUUUUGCAUAUUUGGGCUUUGGGAAGCAGCACCCGGUGUCUCAAUUACCUCUUGUCCUCUUAUCCCCGUGAUUGUCAUUAUUAAUGGACUUUAUCGAUCCUUGGAUUCGUGACACUCAGGUGAGGUUGCGUUUUUUUAAUCUCCGAAGACAGCAAAUGCGGGGAUCAAACAAAGUUGGAACUCACCACCGGGCUUGAUGUGUCCUUCGUUAUUCGUCUUCAGACAUCUGGCCGCCAUUUCCCGAGCACCAUGGAAGAGAAAAAAAAAUGGCAUACCGGCGUCGAUCCUGUAGAUAAUGGUUCCAGGCCAGAGCUUGCUUUCUUGUUUUUACCUGUGCUGGUGGUGUUUAUGGAGAAUCUGGGGCUAUAACUUUUUCUUGAUAUGCGUUGACCCCCUUUGGCUUGUUAUUUCUUGAUAGAGUCUUCUUGAUUUGCUUGAUUCCCAUGGCUUCGUUUUGUUCUGCGAAAAGGAAAAAAGUUUGGAAAAUAUUGCUUGGAUGCCCUGUCACAUUUGUUAAAUGAUAAACUAUAUUUCCUUCGAAUUGAAG